AUGUUCUCCCUCUACCACCUCAUCAGCCUGGCGGCUCUUUCUCUCGCCGCUCCCGCAACCCGUUCAUCCCCACAAGUCAUCCCCGGACCCGGUCUUCCAUCCCUCGCCUCCCUAAACCUAACAUCCGAGUAUCUAUACUCGCUUCCCAAGCCUGUCACUGACCCCGACCAGUUAUCCACACUCACAGACCCCUACUGCGGCCCCGAUUUCGCCUACAUCCCCGUCAACGACGCCAUCGCAUGUUUCCACUACCUCGACGGCCUCGGCGAGCAGUUCUGCGGCGUGCCGGACACGCAGAGGAGUAGUGUGUUCUGCACCGCCGGAAGAGGCAGUCGUAUUGAGGGAUUCGGGAUUGGGCAGAGGAGUUGGUGUAAACAUGUUGCGCAGGCUGUGUUGUGGACUAUUGAUCAUUGCACGAGGCCUGGGCAGGACACUGCUGGUUCGGCGCCCGCGUAUGGGAACGGUGGUCUUGUUGUGUUCACUGGAAAGUAA